AUGAGCGAAGACGGCAGCGGCAGGCAAGGCGCCAGCUCGGCGGCGGUGCCGGCGUCCCCGCUGGAGGACGACAACCUGCUGUCCCUGAUCCUCCACCGCCUGCCGGCAGUGCCGUCCUCCCUCCUCCGCGCCUCUCUCGUCUGCAAAGGGUGGCGCUCGCUAGUCUCAGACCCCCGUUUCCUCCGCGACUUCCGCACCUACCACAAGAAUUCCCCUCUUCUCGGCUUCUUCUCUGGAGAUCUCCUUGGAAACGUCGAAUUCACCACAAUGCUGGGCUCAUCGGACUGCAUCCCUGCCUCACGCUUCUCCUUGUGCCUCCGUCCGGGCAGCAGAUUUCUUUGCAGCCACCAUGGUCGCAUUCUUAUCCUCGAUCAGGAGGAGCAGCAAUUCUUGGUGUGGGAUCCUGUCACCGGCGAGCUGGGCAAUAUUGCCUUCCCCCCAGCGUUUAAUGGCAAGAUGUUGUUUAUAAUUGAUGGGGGAAUCGUUUGUGCUGCCACUGACCAAGGCCAUGUCCAUGGAGCUUGCCACUCGGAUCCCUUCAGGCUGGUUUUCUUAGGGGAAGACAGAGAACGGAUUCUUGCCUGUGCGUACUCAUCAGAGACCAGGGCAUGGGGCAAUCUCUUCUCCAUAAUGCGGCCGCCCUAUUUUGUGAGGUAUAAUUCUCCUAAAUGUCCUAGUACCCUGUCCAGGAAUUCCAUUUCCUUGUUGCUUUUUGGGGAUAAGGCUGUGAUCCUUGAGUUCGACUGGGGUAAAGGAAACCUAGCUCUAAUAGAUGUACCAUCGGAUGCAUAUGACUUCGAUGCAUUUAUUGGUGGCAUGUGUCAGUUCAUGAUUGCACAUGUUGACAGCGGUGGCCUAUGCUUCUACCUUCUAUCAGCUUUCAGUGUCCAUGUAUGGAAGAGGGUGUGUAAUAGUGACGGCAUUGCUACGUGGAUGCUUGAGGAUACAAUUGAACUGAGAAACCUUCUUUCGCUCAAGCCAACGAUGCACCUAACUAUACUGGGACUAGAUGAAGACAACAAGGUGAUAUUGAAAUUGACGGAUAGUGUUGUCUUCAUGGUCAGUCUUGAGUCAAUGCAGUUCAAGACACUGUCCACACAACUGCCCUUCUACUCCUUUUCCUUCCAUCCAUUCAAAAGUUUCUACACUCCAGAUCAGUCCCACACUAAGACAUUUGCAACAGCGAAUAGUACUACAAAGUUGUUGGCUGACAAUAUUCCUCGUUCUGCAGGUAUCUGUGGUUUGCUCCAGUAG